AAGUAAUUCAACUUUACUUAAAAGUGCACGCGCUGAAAUUCGCACGUACAUUCCGCGAAAAAUGUGCGUCGUGCGUGCGUUUGCGGCGUUCGCGCUCCUGAUUUUAGUCGCGGCUGCGGAAAAUGCCACCGAAAGCAAUGAGGCGCAAACGGACAGGACGAGCGGAAAAACCUACUUCAUUCAGCUGAAAAAAGUGCUCUCUUCGAACACCGAAGACGGCGACAAUGACAAACAGUACGUGAAGAUAAAUCACUAUCGGAAUUCCCCGGACGUCGAAGGAUUCAAGGAAUUCAAAGAAGUACACGAGGAGGAAUUCCUACGCAAGAAGUAUCAUGAUUUGUUCAGCGUCAACAUGCCGGAAAACAUUCGCGAUGCUACCACUGAAGAUGUCAAACAAUUAGAUAAAAAACGCAAUCCGAGCCGAAUCGACGACGAAUGGGUGUUAAACACAAACAGAAGCGUCUAUGACUUACCUAAUAUCACGCAGGAGAUCUACGAAGCGAUGCUGGAGAAUAACAAACACAAUACAGUUAUUAAUGCGUCCACAGUCAAGUUUUUCUUCGAACGCGACACGAAUCACUCGUCGAAUAUCGUCCGGUUUAAUAUCGAAUCACUGGUGAACUCAACGGAUAUCAUCGUCGACGCGGAACUGCAUGUUUACAGGUUGCCCCGAGAAGGUAAUAUAACAAGAGUCAACGCGUCCGAAAAUGUAGUCAGAUUAUAUCAAAUGACCGAAAAUUCGAGCGAGAAUGAUGAUGAAUAUAAUUCAACAGCAAAACCGGCACCCGACGUGCAUAAAUUAGCAAAUGUUAUUUAUAUCUCAUCGAAUUACGAAGGCUGGCAGGUUUUUAAGGUGAAAACUGUCGUGGAAAACUGGCGUAAUGGAGAUGAUAAUUUAGGAUUUUUGAUUUCUACUGUCGAUGCACAUGAUCGUGAGGAUACCGUUGAGUUUGCGCAUCGCGAGCGUAAUGGUGGAAAAUAUCAACCGACAUUAGUUGUGUACCUUGAUAGGCAAGUUUCGCCAAAUCGUAAGUCUAUCCUACGUCGCGUGCGCAAACCCUUUCGGCCAAUGCGGCGCGGUGACUCACUACCAUCGAAUCCUUGCCGCCGCCAUGUUUGGUACCUCAGCUUUCACGAAUUAGGAUGGAACAACUUCAUCAUCGCACCAGGCGGUUUCAUGGCGUACAGAUGCGACGGCAGCUGUCAAUCGCCAUCAGGCAGUACUUUCUCCAACCACGGUAAACUACUGAGUAUCAUGGAGGGCCGCGCCGGAAAUGCUCUGAUGCCAUGCUGCGUACCGAGCAGUUACAAGAGCAUUUUGAUUAUGUUCUACGACAAGGAGAGCAAUGUCGUAAUAAAGGAAUACGAGGAUAUGGUGGUGAAUAGCUGUGGAUGUCGUUAACCACGAGGAGAUUACAUGUUAGGUUAAGUUCGGUUUAAUAUGUUGAAUCCGUUUAAUAUGAUCACAUUUUAUUGUACAAAUCCUAUUUACACGUGUUUCAUUUAUGCAUAAUCAUAAUAUAUACGUUUAUAUGCAACAA